UGCUUUCUCGAAACAGCAGCGAACAGUUGAACAGCAGCACUCAGAGCGUACGGAUCAGUCACCGGCUUGGGCGAAAGCGGCACACACAACUUCUCACGUACUUCAGCAAAUUUUCUUCUCCACUACACCUCAUUCCAUUCCGUUGUUCAGUGUACGGGUUCAGCACGGGUUGGUUCGCUUAAUUCAGUUUCAGCCUUUUGUGGGUUCUGGUGGAUUUUUUUUCACACUUCUCUUGUUAUACCGACAAAAGUGGCGUAAAGUGUUGGCAGCACCAGCUACUAAAUAAAACAUACAGUUACAAAUCGCAUCAGCACCUCGUCAAAUCGUUUAAUCACAAAAUGGCCGAAAAUUGUCCAAAGUGCAAAAAAUCGAUUACUAAGGAGGGCAUUGUCAUUUGCAAUUCGGAUGAUUGCAUGAAAAAGUUUCACCGGGCCUGUGUGAACAUCGAUGACGCAGUCUACGAUGCGAUCCAGAAGAAUCCGUUGAUUUCAUUCAAUUGCGAAGAAUGUAAAAAUCAAUCGCCCAAGGCGCUGGCCGCCAAGCUGCAGACCAUGGAGGAAAAACUGAAUAAAGUCUACAAUGGCGUGAAUCAGAUUUCGACACGUAUGUAUCAGCAGUAUUUCCAAUUCGGCAACGCGAACAACGUCGACCCGAAGAAGCAAACCAACAACCUUAUCGUGGUUGGCAACAACUGCAAUUCCGAUCGUCUGCAAGUUGUCUGCGACUAUGGUCGUUGGGUGCAGGUGGGCAAAUUCGCCACCUCCACCAGCGAGGACGACAUCAUCGAGCACUUGGCCGAGGAGUUGAAGAUCAACAAGAACCUGGUCAAGUGCACUAAGCUGGUGAAGAACGAUGCGAAUUUGUCGCAAUUGUCGUAUUGCAAAUUCAAGAUAUCCAUACCGGAUUAUCGUUUCAAUGAGUUGUUCAACGAAAAUAUUUGGCCCAGCGGUGUUAUGGUCAGCCCAUUCACACCACGUUCGCAGUUGAAUCAGAACCGUAUAUAAGGCAAAGCCAUUGAAGGGCGGGUGGAUGACGGCGCUAAUCGCAGGCGUAUAAAUAAUAAGAAGAAGAAGCGGAAAAGAACAAAAGAGGACGGAGAUGAGAAUGAGGAGGGCGAUGACGAACGGCAACCGGAGCCGAGGCAACAACGCGAACGCAAGCCGGCUGAGAAAGCAACAGCAACAGCAACCACAACUGCGACUGCGACUGCGGGAGCAGCGGCAGCGGCAGCGGCAAUGACACACGAUAAGCAUUCGACAGGGGGCGCAGCUGCUGAGGCGAGAGGAGAGCAGGUGUUGAACAAAAAGGAAAAUAAUUCGGUUGGUAAGCAAGUGGAAGCAGAGGAAGUACGGGCAAUAAAUGAAAACACAGAAACCGGGAAUGAAAAGGAAGAAGAAAAAGCAGCAGUAGCAGUAGCAGCAGCGGUGCCGGAAAAUGAAACGAAUGAUGAAACGGAUGCCGAUGGGGAAGAGUACGAGGACGAAGAAGAGGAGGAAGAAGAAGAAGAAGCAGAAGACGAGGAAGUCGAAUCGAAUGUGAACGCAAGCGAGAUGACAGCUGUUAGCAAGGCAGCCGGCGAUUAGCGAGCGUAAGGAACGUGUGUACGAUAGAGACAAGUCCUUCACUUUUCCGCAGGGGGUGUAUGAGUGGGUGGGGGUAGCGAUAGCGUAUUUAAAUGGUAAAUGGGGGUACGAAACAUAAGGGGCGGCGAUUAAAUGGCGGCGUACAGAAGAAAAAUGAAAACGAAAAAAAUGUGUACGGUUUUGAGGAGAAAAAAUAUUUAAUGAAAAUUUUUAUAUUUUCCAACGCGAAUUAAGCUGUGCCACGAACACCGGCAUUGCUUGAAAUUUUGAUUUCUAAAUCUUUCAGACACUUUGAUGUCUGUCUUUUAUUAAAGUGAAUCGUGCAAAUUGUAUCGAUCCAAUUCCAUUUAAUGAAACAAAAAUAGAGUUUUUAGUGCAUGAAAAUGCCGAUAAACCAUUUGAAGACAACUUUAAAAUGCAUUUCAAGUAUUUUAGAAUUGAAAUUGAAAAAUAAAAAUUUAAAUAUGACGAUUUACAUACAAACAUAUAAAAAAAGUCUUGUUGCAAAAGCAAAUAAUUAUGCAAAACAAUUGAAUGAAGAAUGAAUUAUCUAGUAAUUUAAAAUGAAUAUUUGUCGUACUUACACACUUAACAAGCAAACCCAAAAAAAAAA